AUGGCAGUGGAGGGAGCCAAGUACAACAUCAAGUGCAACACCAUCGUCCUCGUGGCGGCCUCGCGAAUGACCGAGGAGCUUUUCCCCGAAGAGCUCAAGGAGAAGUUCAACCCGAAGUACGUCGCGCCGAUGGUGGCCUUCCUCAGCCACGAGUCCUGCCCCGUCAGCGGCGAGGCCUUCGAGGCGGCAGCUGGCUUCUACGGACAGUAUCGCUGGCAGCGAUCUAAAGGCAAGGUCUUCGCCCAGCCUGAUGCUGUCACGCCGGAGGACAUCAGCAACUCGUGGGACGCCCUCACCGACAUGAGCGAAGCUUCUAGUCCCUCUUCCAUGCAAGAUCACAUGAUGACUCUACUUGGACAGCUGAACUCCGAUGACAACAGCGGCGGCAGUGGCAGCAGCAGCAGCUAA